AUGGUCAGACACACCUCCGGCGGCCGCCAGUUCAACUGGCUCAACCUCCUCACGAUCAUUGCCAUGUCAUUCGGCAGCAUGACCUACGGCUACAGCGCCUCUAUCAUCUCCACAACUCUCUCCCAGCCCAGCUUCAAUGCCUACUUCGACCUCGAUACCCGCUCCGAUGCGACCGCCCUGAUAAGCACGAUGAAUGGACUCUACCAAGUCGGCGGCUUCCUAGGCGUCUUCACCGUCUCUUGGUUUGCGGAUAAGUGGGGAAGGCGUGCUGCUAUCGGCGUCUCGGCGUUGAUCACGCUUGUGACCGGUGCGUUACUGGCGGGUAGUGUGAAUGUGGCCAUGUUUAUUGUCGUCCGAUUCUUCAGCGGUGCUGGAGCGUUCAUGAUUCUGUCGGCGGUGCCGAUCUGGAUGAACGAGGUGACUCCUCCGCGUAACCGGGGAAUGUUGGUUGAUAUUCAUGGGGCGGCAUUGUUGUUCGGAUACUUCUUGGCGGCCUGGGUUGGAUACGGCUUCUUUCACCUCGACUCGCCGAAUGCUUGGAGAGCACCAUUGGCCUUCCAAUGCCUCCCCGCCCUCAUCGUCCUCGUUGGCCUCCCUUUCAUGCCCGAAUCCCCACGCUUUCUCCUCAUCCACGAUCGCUACGACGAAGCCGCGGCCAACCUCAAACGACUUCACACCUCCGACGAAGCGGCUGUUGAGCUCGAGCAGAUCUCGCACCAGAUGCAAAUUGAUCGCACUCUUCCCUCCAGUUACUGGGCUCUCGUGACAAAACCCUCGUACCGAAAGCGUACGCUGCUAUGCCUUGGCACGACGUGCGGAAUUCAGUUCUCGGGGAUUCUGGUGAUUAAUAACUAUGGUCCGAUCCUGUAUGGGAAUUUGGGGUACGACGUUGACCAGCAGUUGGUUUUGCUUGGUGGGUGGUUGACGUUGGCUUUCGGAUCUGGUGUGCUGUCGCUGUUCUUGGUGGAUCACUUUCCUCGGCCAAAGUUGAUUGGGGGUGGAAUCGCUGCGUGCAGUGAGUGUGAUCGUAUGAACGAACGAGAUGCUGUUGAUGCUGACACUGUGUUAGUGGUUUGUCUGAUCAUCGAAUGCGCGUUGGUUGCGGAGUUUGUAGGCACGACGAACACAGCUGCGCUAUCUGCUGCUGUGGCUAUGUUUUAUAUCUACGUGAUCUUCUACGAGCUCACUUUGGACGGGCUGCAGUUCGCAUACAUCGGGGAGCUCUUCCCUACGCAUCUGCGGGCUAAAGGAAUGAACAUCGGGGUUGCCGGUAUAUGCUUGAUGAACAUCAUCUGGCUGCAAGCUGCGCCUACCGCGUUUGCCAACAUCGGAUGGCAGUUCUACUUGUGCUUCAUCAUCCCGGGCUGCUUGAUGGCAGGGCUGAUCUACUUCACAUUCCCCGACACGUGGGGCGUGCCGCUGGAAGAGGUAGCAGCUAUGUUUGGGGACCACGACGAAAUCUACGACGCCUCGAAGCAUGCAAAGGAAGAGAUUAAUGCUGAACACAGUGAAAAGGUCUCAGUGGAUGACAAGUCGGCCGUUUGA